GACACUCUCACACUCUUAAGAAACACUAUCUCAAAGUCAAUGGAUUCUACAAUUAUGACAGCUGAUCAGAGUCAUCAGAGAGUGAUAAUACCCAACAAGCACGGCGAAAAACUCGUUGGCAUAUUACAUGAAUGUGGAGCAACCAACGACAUUGUUAUCUUAUGUCAUGGCUUUCGUUGCACUAAAGAUACCAAUCUCAUGUUGAACCUUGUUGCUGCAUUGGAAAAGGCACAAAUUAGUUCUUUCCGUUUUGACUUUUCUGGAAAUGGGGAAAGCGAAGGUUCGUUCCAGUAUGGUAACUAUUGGGGAGAGGUGGAUGAAUUACACGCGGUUGUUCAACAUUUCCGUGAAUCAAAUCGUGCAAUCCCUGCAAUUUUUGGACAUAGUAAAGGAGGUGACAUAGUGCUUCUGUAUGCUUCCAAAUAUCAUGACAUUAAAACUGCUGUCAACCUCUCUGGGCGUUAUGAUCUGAAGGCAGGCAUCGAAGAACGCCUUGGUAAAGAUUAUUUGGAAAGAAUCACGAAUGAGGGUUUUAUUGAUGUGAAGACGAAGUCAGGAAGUUUGGAUUACCGUGUUACUAAGGAAAGUUUAAUGGAUCGCAUGGGUACAAAUAUGCAUGAAGCGUGCCUGCAGAUUGACAAAGAAUGCAGGGUCCUUACGGUUCACGGUUCUUCUGACAAAAUUAUCCCCGUUCAAAGUGCACACGAGUUUGCUAAGGUCAUACCAAAUCACAAGUUGCAUAUCAUUAAACGAGCCAAUCAUGCAUACAGUAGUCAUCAAGAUGUGUUAUCCUCAGUUGUUAUGAGCUUCAUCAAGGAAACUAUUGACCCUAAUAAGGGUACUGUUAGCUAGGUCUGUCUUGCUUGGACAUGAACUCCUCAUUUUCCUAUAAUAUUCUUGUUUUUCCAAGUGAUAUAAGUCACUAUUAAGUAGAUUAACCGAUUAAUUCAAACACCUUCGUCAUGGUAAAUAAUCCGGAUGAAGAUAUUAAAAAAGGGUAAAUUAGAUUUAUCUCUCUCCAAGUUUGGUGAAAUUA